AUGGCUGAAUCUCAAAAAGAAAAUGGUGAAUUAAAACCUGAUUACAAGAUUCAAAAAGCACAAUUGUCUGGUGAAUUGAGACGUAUACAACAAUUAUUAAAAGAUAAAACCAACCAAAAUACACAAUUACAAAAUAAUUAUAAUGCACUUCUUGAAAAAUUAACUAAUUUAACACCUGAAAUAAACGACGCUGUAAAAAAAGCAAUAGAAAAUUCACAACCUUUAUUUGAAGAUAUUUUAAAAAAAGCAUUAGAAAAUUUAAAUAUAGCAAAUGAUAUUAAAGAUAUUAAAAAUGCUAUAGAUAAAAUUGAUAAUGAAGAUUUAAAAAAAAUAAUUAACGAAAAAACAGAAUUAAUAGAAAAUAAAAUUGAAAACAUUAAAAUUCCAGAUUUACCUAAACCGCCUGAUGUUAAUUUAUCAGAAAUUUUAAAAGAAGCACGAGAAACACAAUAA